UGGUGUUUCUUAGAGAAGACUGUUGGAAUUCCGAAUGGAAUGCAUAUCAUUUCUGGUGGCAACUCUGGAACAAAUAAAGGAAAAAUGCCCAUUGUCAUAUUCACUGCCUGGGAACCAGUACUCAUGUAGAACCAAAUUCAAAAAAGUGGUUGAUGUAUUAUGUAGUACAAAGAAGGUGAAAGAAAAUGAUUCAGAUGAAAUUGUAAAGGAGUAUUCUAAUUUCCUUGAAAACAUCCCAUGCGUUGCAUCUGAGAAAUUCACUGCCUUCAGUGUCAAUAAUGAUAGAGUUGAUGAACUGUUAGCUGGUUUGCUGAAAGAUGAUGAGAACUAUGCAAAAUUCUGGAAUGCUGUGCAGAUUUUGGUGUUACUGAGUCAUGGCCAAGCAGAUGUAGAAGAUGGGUUCUCUGUGAAUAAGGAGGUUGAAGUGGAGAACCUACAUGAGCAGUUACUAGUGACACAGAGACUUGUGUGUGAUUAUGUGGUAAAGGAAGGUGGUGUGACUAAAGUACCAAUAACUAAUGCUCUGCCGAUUUCUGCAGUUAUGUCAAGACAAAAGUACAAUAUCUACCUAGAAACGGAAAGAGAAAAGAUGAAAACAGAAGCACAACAAAGAAAGAGAAAGAAUGUUCUAGAAGAAAUAGAGGCCAUCAAGAAGAAGAAACUUAGGCUGAACCAGGACAUUCUCUCUCUCACAAAAUCAGCAGAUGAUUUGGCAGAAAAAACAGGCAACCUCAUCCUUGUAGUCAAGGAAGAAGUGCAAAGGAAAAACAACAGGAAUUAA